GAUGCCACGUGGGAAGCGGCGGAGCCGCCGUCGGCGCCGGGCCGGAAUCGCGGCCCCCCUGACGCUGGGAACGGCCCUCGCCGGGCGCCGGGAGGAGGGGAGGUCGCGGAGCCCCCGGGACCGCGCCGGGAUCGCCGAGACCCGAUGGGUGCUCGGCGCGGUGGCGCCCGGCUCGCGACUCGGCCUCCCGGGCCUAGAGGCGCUGGCGGCGGCGGCUGGGCCUAGGGGCGGCUCCCCGCCCUGGGCGGCGCCCUCGCUGCUCCAGGUGCCGGCGGCGGCCCAGCCGGCCCCGCGGAGGGACGGCAGCGACCUGCCCGCCGGUGCACCGGCCGCCCUGGCUGUGCUGCACCUACAGCCCGGCGCCGAAGGCUCGGCGCGGGCGGCGGCGGCGGGGGCCGCGCCGCGCCUGCGGACCGUCUACGUGAACCCGCGCUGGCUGGAGCGGCAGGCCGCGCUCGGGGCGGCGGCGGCCGCUGCCAGCCCUUGCGCCGAGGCGGCGGCAGCGGCGGCGGCGAGCGGCGCGUCUGGGGGCCCGGCGGCGGCAGCGGCGGCCGCGUCGGCCGCGUCGGCGGGGCAGGGCGAGGCGGCGGCGGAGCCGGCGGCCACCCCCUACGUAGGGCUGCGGCGGCCGCUUGGCUACAAGCUGGCCAAGGCCACCAAGGAGCGGAUCUGGCGGGGGGAGUUCAUUGACCUCUUUUCCUUGCUCCACACAGAGCUGGCCCCCGAGUACGGCCCGCGCCCGGGGGACACGCUGGACCAGUGGGUUUCGGCCUUCUUGGUGUACGCCAGCGUGCUGUGCGAGAAGCACCCUGCGCGCUGCGGGGCCAUGUUCAAGUACCUGGACACCAUCCGGAAGCUGCAUGCCACCUACGGGGGCACCUCGUGGAUGAACUACGACGAGGACUUUCGGCGGCGGGCGGCCAAGGACCCCAACCUGCCCUGGGGUGACGUUGACCUCGACCUGUGGAUGAAGUGGAUGGCACCGCUCAAGUCGCUCAUCCCCAGGAAGCCGCGUGCUGAGGUUGAGAAGCAUGCCUCGCCGACACCAUCAGCACCAGCACCUGCACCAGCACCUGCACCCUCACAGAGCCCCAAGCAGGAGGAGAAAAGCCAGACUCCAUGAAAACAGAAGGCCAGUUGGGAUGGCAGUCAAACUAACUGGCCUGACUCCGUUGGUGUUUAAGUGGAGCUCUGGUAUACUAGUGCAUUCUUUUACCUCUGCUUCUGUUGCGUUGCAAGCUGUGCUAGAGAAGACGUAGGAAAUUCAUUUUACCCAAUCAGCAAUUGUAACAAUGGACUACAAACCUGCAGAGCAAGCCAGUUUGCUGGAAAACAGGAAUUCCUGCAGCGCAGCACUUGUCACAGACUAUCCAAAGAGGGCAAAGAUUCAGGAAGGUGAAUAAAUUGAACAUUGGUUGAAUGAGGUCAGGAACAGUCUCCCGGAGGAGAAUCCUGCCCUAAAAUACUACUUUGAAAGUAUAAGCCAAUUCAGUGCGCAUAUUAACCUUUCUCAUUUGAGCAAACUUGUGUGCAAUCCUGGAUCUUUGCAGAUCACAACCGGACACUUCAAAAACCUAUGUACUAUAUUUGUUAAAAAAAGUAAUAAAUCAUAAUUUGUCUUGUUACAGCUGUUACUUUUACCAUUUCAUUGAGAAUAUAUGCAACAUAAAUGUAUAUUUGACUUGAAGCAGUAUCAUACACUUGGUAAAAUAACUCAGGUUAUCAACAGAACUAUUCUGUGGGGCUCAAUAUUGCCUCUUAAUUCUUCUCUGAAAAAUGCAUUAACCAUUGCUGUCAUUGCCAGAAAUCAGUUCUAUCUAACCUAAUUGUUCAUUACAAAAUUCUUGGUCAAAUAGAAUAAUUUACCUAAAUUUUUCUCUGUUUUUAUCCUCAUAGAACACUUGAGAUCCUGAGCAUCAGACUAGACUUUUGUAGUCUUAUGUUCAUGAAAACCAUGUUCACAGAUUCACGGUUUAAUCAUUCUACAUCUCAGUAUUUUGUUUUCCUUUUCCCUUGCAUACUAGGGAGUAUGGUCAAGGUAAUACUAUGAUCCAGUAAUGCGCAUGAUGGUAAGGGUAUACCUUUAGUUGUUUCAGGAAAAAGCUGCCGUUACCUGCUCUCUUUCUCCUUUCUUGAUAGUUUCAAUAAUAUGCAUAACACAAAGUGUUUGUAAAUUGAUAAUUAAACUGUUUGUGACAUCACCUAAAUAAAUUUUUCUAUAUAAA